AUGGCGGCUCCCAACAUGUACACCUCGGGCCAGUUCAUGAACCCAGGCCCUGCGCCUCGUCCACCCGUGAACGCCCAACCCCGCCUUAACUACACUCCUCAGACUCCAACUCUACCCAACAGCAUGGGCCAGUUGUCUUUAAACCCUAUCUCACGCACUCCGACCCAGUACAGCGGCUCGACGAUAGCCCUGCCCGUGAACAACCCUAACCGGAACGACGGCAUGGGUGGUGUGGCGGUCAUCAAGGAGGGCUGGGCGCAGGUCAAGGAGAGUAAGAACUUCAUCCAGCCGUGGAAACAGAAAUUUUUGGUCCUGCGCAAAGAGGCACUGGAUUUCCACAAACAAGAAGGCGGCAAGGUCUCAUACACUCUCUUCCUGAAGGACGUUAUCAAUGUGGGGCGGGUCGAGGCCGCGGGAACGAUAUUCGAGGUCAAGCGACACUCUAAUGGGACCUCGACGAGUCCAGGAGACGAUGAUGGAACGACCAAGUCCCUGCAGAUCCGCGUCAAGAGUGACGACGAUCUCUACGAGUGGAUAGAUUUCAUCUAUGCCAGGUGCCCUGGCAUGGGUGGUGUCAGCAACCCGACCAACUUCUCCCAUGCUGUCCACGUCGGCUUCGACCCUCAGACGGGCGAGUUUGUUGGCCUGCCGCCAGAAUGGUCCAAGCUGUUGAACUCGUCUGCUAUUACCAAGGAAGACUACGAGCGGAACCCGCAGGCAGUCUUUGAGGUCCUCGACUUCUACUCGGACCUGACGAAGCGUGCCGAGAACCCUGCCCAGUACCCCAGCCUCACACCAACUCCCCCCCCGAGCAGUAUGCAGAACAAGCAGCUGGGCUACGCAGGCUCUUCCAUCGCCCCUCCCCGCCAGGCGCCACAGCCGCCACAGCCGCGCCCUGCUUACACGUCGACCCCCUCCCAGAGCAGCAUGAGCUCCGGCCAACCCCCCAGGCCCUCACCUCCGGACCAGCGACCGCCUAUGCAGAGCACCCCGUCCAACUACGGUGCUGAGGACAGGUAUCGGCAGCAGCAGGAAGAGGCGCGGCGGCGAGAAGAGGAACAGAAUCGGUUGGACAUGGAGGCUUACAAUGCUUCCAUCCCUCAGAAGAAAGUUCCGAUCGCGCAGCAGGAGCUGGGCGGGUACGGCGGAUCCAGCUCUUCUCAGCAAGAUCGCUACAACCCCGUCCGGCCAGCGCCAUCAGCACCAAAGAAAGUCACCAACCCUGCAGAUCUGCGUGCCCAGAGACCAGCCCCCGCACCACCAUCCUCGAGCGCGCAGCGACCCCCAAUACAGACCCAGCAGAGUUCAUCAUCUGUACGCGAUCAGCAGCGACCGCGCCAGGACCAGACCCCCCAGUCCCCAGCCAACCGUUAUCCCAAUGGCAUCGGUUCCUCAUCCCAGCCGAGGACAAACGGCGCGCAGGCCCAGCAGCCAUCACGCCUUCCCGCUCCUGCUGUUAAGCCCCUGAACGUUGGGAACAAGAACAAUGCGCAGACCGAUGCCGUCAAGGCUGCCGAAGCCGCGCUCACGGCGAAGCCUCCGACUCAAGAGAAGAAGCAGGAGGUGCGCAUGUCGACCAUGUCGGAGGCCGAUGUGAUGAAGAAGCUCAGAGAGAUUGUUUCGAAGGAUGACCCGACUUCAAUCUAUGCGAAGCAGAAGAAGAUCGGCCAGGGCGCCUCGGGCUCCGUCUACGUUGCUAAGGUCAGAGACCCCUCGAGGCUGCCCAACGUGAAGGGCAUCACCAGUUCUGUGGCCAUCAAGCAGAUGGAUCUCGCGCACCAGCCAAGAAAGGAACUCAUCGUGAACGAGAUCAUGGUCAUGAAGGACAGCACGCACGAGAACAUUGUCAACUUCCUGGACGCGUUCCUGCGUAACGGCGACCAGGAGCUGUGGGUCGUCAUGGAGUACAUGGAGGGCGGAGCGUUGACCGACGUGAUCGACAACAACCCCGUCAUCACGGAAGAGCAGAUCUCGACUAUUUCUCUCGAAACCUGCAAGGGCCUGGAGCACCUCCAUGCUCAGAACAUUAUCCACCGUGAUAUCAAGAGUGACAACGUGCUCUUGGAUGCUCAAGGCCACGUCAAGAUCACCGAUUUUGGAUUCUGCGCCAAGCUUACCGAAAGCAAGUCAAAGCGUGCUACCAUGGUUGGCACGCCCUACUGGAUGGCUCCUGAGGUGGUCAAGCAGAAGGAGUAUGGCCCUAAGGUGGACAUCUGGUCGCUUGGUAUCAUGGCGAUCGAGAUGAUCGAGUCGGAGCCUCCAUACCUGAACGAAGAGCCUCUGAAGGCGCUGUAUCUCAUCGCUACGAACGGAACCCCGCGGCUCAAGAAGCCCGAGAAGUUGAGCAAGGAGUUGAAGGCCUUCCUGUCGGUGUGUCUCUGUGUGGAUGUCAAGUCCCGAGCGUCGGCUCGGGAACUGCUGGAGCAUGACUUCCUGAAACACGGAUGUCCGGUCCCCAGUCUGGCCGAGCUGUUGGCCUUCAAGAAGCACUCAAAAUAAUCUGUCCCACGGAUGCGGGGGAGGGAGGGGAGAAGGGGACGAGCAAGUCAGUAACUGGGAUGUCGCAGCUACAUUCGACUUCGAGGUAGACUGAGGCCGUUGAGGCUCGCCUGGAGACAAGGACAAAAAUCUCUCGCGCGACACGCCUCAUGAGGCAUGGUUUUAGUAUCGCUACGGGUGCUGGAGAACUGCCCGUCUGGCACGUUUCAUCCCCUACGGGAGGAACAGUCGACCGGUGUGCAUUCGCGGGCCUCUGAGGCACUGUUUGUUCCCCUUUUGGGGCGAAAAGUCCUGCAGACGCUUCGAUGAGCCUAGGUUCAUGGGUGACGAGAUGGUCUCUGACAAGGAGAACAUCAGAUGGAUCAUGACGAAAGGGAUGCACAAACCAUCUUUAUACACCCAGUCAUGAACAUCGCCUUGGGAGAAUGGAUAGUAACGACGGGCAGAGCAGACAGCCGAAGGACACGAGUAGGAAAGAAGGACUGACGCACAAGAAAGAAUGGAGGGGUUGAACCUAGACUAUCAGGACUCCAUGAAUAUGGAGUCGAAACAUGACCACGGUAAUUAAUUUGAUUGAACAUCUAUCUG